AGACACUUUAUAACUGCCGCGCAGCCUCUAACAUCAAUCUAGUCGGAGGAACUUGGACGUGGGGACUACGCUUUGAAUAGACCGUGCAGAUUACGCUCGCUGAUAAUCACUGUUUUUUGGGAUUUAUUUUGCUUUCCUCAAAUCUCCUGGAAAAAUGCUGCUUCUACUUCUCGGAAUCAUCUUUCUGCACGGCGCAGCCCUUGUGCUCCUGUUCGUGUCAACGAUUGUCAGUGCGUGGACUGUAGGUUAUUCCUCCACCUCGGAUUUGUGGACGAACUGCACAACAGUCAGCGACGCCGUCAGAUGCGAAACGGGGGAGACCGGAGAGUGGAUACAGGCGGUGCAGGCUCUCAUGAUCCUGUCCAUCAUCUUCAGCUUCAUUUCGCUCUUCCUCUUCUUCUGCCAGCUCUUCACUCUGCAGAAGGGCGGCCGCUUCUUCCUCACCGGAGUCUUCCAGGUCCUCGCAAGUCUGUUUGUCAUGAGCGGCGCCAUCAUCUACACGGUGAAGAGUCCGGACUGGGUGCACGAGUCGGAGUCCUACGGCUUUGCCUACAUCCUGGCCUGGGUGGCCUUCCCCUUGGCGCUGAUCAGUGGGCUGAUCUACCUCAUCUUAAGAAAGCGCGAAUGAGAACCUUGACCCUUGACCCCUGACCCCCCUGACCUCCUGACCCCUCCUCCACACGACCUCCCCUCACCAUCCCCAACUCCCUCACCCCCUAAAAUCCCACCUUACCUUACCUUACCCCGACUUCCAUCCCCUCCUAUCAACUCCAGAUAACUAAGCUCUGAAGCCAAAACAACCCCCCCACCCCCACUCCACUCCACUCCAAAGCAUACCCCCCCCCCUUUCUCCAGAGAAAACUUCAUCAACCUCUGUCAAGCACCCAUGGGUAACACCUCCCUUGAGAAAGAUACGUGCACCCCGAAAACCAGACCUGUAACAAUCAAUACUGUCAUAAUUUGAAGAUGUAUAUAGUAUCGAUGGUUUAAAACCUAUUUAUAACACUUUUUACAUAUAUGUACAUAGUAUUGUUGUGUUGCUUAGUCGACAAAAAAAUAUACUCUGAAGAGCUUGUUGUUGCCAUUUAAAUGCCUAAAAGAGUGUUUGCCAUGGUUUAGUUACACCAUUAGUCAUUUUUUUUUGUCUGUGUUUAGUUUUGUUUUCUUAUAAUGCUAAGGAAAAAAAAUAAAAAUAAAAAAUGUGUUGAAGUAUUUUAACCAAAGUGCAUGUACAAAGUAUAGGGCCUGAGGGAAACUGUUUUGAUCGAAGAUAUACAGCGAAGUGACACAAAAGCAAAACUGCAUACAGUUUGAAAAAUGUAGAAUCUUUCAGUUGUUUUUUGUUUGGCUUUUUUUGUAAGAUGACAAUCAUUUGAAAAUCUUUUUUGUCAACAAGAUGGUGCUAUGAUAUUACCAUUCCUUCUAUUGAUAGCCAUUUAGCCUUUAUUUAGGGUAAAGUUAUGCAGUUGAAAUCUUGAAGUAGCGUGUCAGACAUUUCUGAGCAGACAUUCACAUGUGCCUUUUGUUGUCUGUGCAAGUAGCUCUCACCUGACUAAUAUGUACAUUUUUCAACAUUUAAUCCGCUCUUUUUUUUUAAAUUCUUGUCUAAACGUAGCCAAGUGCUAUUUGUUGUAAGCUCAGUUAAGUGUUUGUUUUGUGAAACAAAUAUGGGUUCUGAAACAUGGUUCAUUUCCACUGAACAAUAUUUUUUAUUUAUUUUGUGUAAUGGCGAGGCAGUCGUGAUUGGCAGUAUUAAACACAAACAGUAACAAUG